AACCUGGUUUGCGAUCAUCUCUUUCGUUAUCUUGUCGUCCACCUCUGCAGUAGACAGACAACAGUGGAUUGAGGUAAGAUGAGGAUAAUUCAAUUCAGGAUGGGGAUUUUGUGGUUUAUAUCAGAACUGGUUCUUCUGUCAUCUAUAACAUUGGCUAUUAAACAGAAUUCUAAACCCAACAUCAUAUUCAUUCUGGCAGAUGAUCUGGGAUGGGAUGAUGUGAGCUUUCAUGGCUCAGAGCAGAUUCCAACUCCAAACCUGGAUGAACUGGCUAAUGGUGGGGUAAUUCUCAACAAUUAUUAUGUCCAAAGUAUUUGUACACCAACUAGAAGUGCAAUAAUGACAGGCCGAUAUCCCAUCCACACAGGUAUGCAACAUGAUGUUAUAUUAGCUAGUCAGCCAUAUGGACUGGGCUUGAAUGAGACUCUUUUGCCACAGUACCUAAAGGAACUUGGAUAUGCCACACAUGCUGUUGGAAAGUGGCAUCUUGGUUUCUUCAAAACAAACUACACUCCCACUAGGAGAGGAUUUGACACUUUUUUCGGUUAUUAUUGUGGAAAAGAAGAUUAUUGGGAUCAUUCAAAUCAUGAAAAAUAUGGCUGGGGAUUGGAUCUUCAUAACAAUACAGAGCAUACAUUUCAGCCUGUCUGGACAGAUUGGGGCCAAUACAGUACUGAUAUGUUUACAGAUAGAGCUAUAGACAUCAUUAAAAAGCACGACCCUUCCAAGCCUUUGUUUUUGUAUCUUCCGUACCAAGCUGUCCACAGUGCAAAUUAUAUUCAGCCAAUUCAAGCUCCACCAGAUGUAAUCAAGAAGUUCUCCCACAUCCAAGAUGAAAACAGAAGAAUCUUUGCAGCAGUCGUUUCAGUCCUGGAUCAGAAAGUAGGAGAGCUUGUUGAUGCACUCAAAGGGAGUGGUUUGUACGACAAUUCAGUGAUCGUCUUUUCAACAGACAAUGGCGGUCCAGCAAACGGUUAUGAUAUGAAUAUGGCUUGUAACUUUCCUCUGAGGGGUGUAAAAUGGACGUUGUGGGAAGGAGGCGUUCGUGGCGCGGGAUUCGUACACAGUCCUCUACUGGCCGUGAAAGGCCGAGUAAGCAUGGAUUUGAUGCAUGUGACUGAUUGGCUUCCCACAUUGUACAGUGUAGCAGGAGGUGACAUUCAUAAACUUCUUAAUGUGGAUGGCUAUGAUAUGUGGGACACGCUUUCACAUGCUUCUCUGUGUCCCCGCGAAGAAAUCCUCCUCAACAUAGACCCUGUCAGGGGUGACUCGGCUCUACGGUACAGGCAAUGGAAACUUCUAGUUAAUAUAAGUUCAAGCUGGAGCGGAUGGUAUGGUCCCCCCGGAAUUAAAAACUCCAAUCAUUCUACUCGAGCUGCGCAGGUGUCGUUGAAGAAUGCUGUUGUUACUUGCGGUAAGCCGCCAAGCGAUCCCCCUGAGUGUACCCCAGAGUUGGGUCCUUGCUUAUUUGAUGUUCUAGCUGACCCGUGUGAGUAUGUGAACCAGGCUAAAAACCACCCAGAUGUUGUAGACGGCAUGUUGCUGUGGCUUAAAGAGUACAGAGAAACGAUGGUGCCGACUAGGAACAAGCCCUAUGACCCUAGUGCUAAUCCUGACAACUUCGGUGGAGUUUGGACUCCCUGGAUGGAUUGAGAACUUGCUUUGUGAAUUAGUCUUUUUUGAGAGUAAAUGAGAGAACAGAGAGACUCCUCCAAACCCUCGGAUAUAUUGCUUUAGUAAUUCUUUUAAGCGUAAGUGUUUUUUCCUGAACGUCCGCACGGACGAUCACCUAAAUCUGAUGUUCUUGUUGAAGGCAUUAUAAUUGGGAAUUGCCCGCUGUUAGGGGUUUCUAAAGAGUAAGUUUCGAGCGUUAGCCCUUCGUCAGAGCUGACGUAGGGCUACCACUUGAAACGGCAGCUCCACACUUUCGCCUUCCCCUCUUUCAUCUCUAUGCGCUGUUUGUAAGUGUCUUUUUUUCUUUCGUUUGAAAAAUGUCUAACCAUCUUCAAUUUCUUUAAUGUUGUCGAAAGGAGAGCAAUGAACUAAGCCGAGUUGUUCAAACCUGAUCGUAAUCCCAACUCGUCUAUAGUUCAAUUUUCAAUUCAGAGUCGAAAGUGAUCCUGGAUUGCAAUGGUUUUGUCUUACUUUCCUCUGUGACUGGUCCAGAAAACUCGCGCCACUCUCUCAUCCAAUCAGACGCAAAACUAAAACCAAUCGCGAAUUGGUCGCCCGCGCUUUUUCGCGCGCUUUAGUCAUUUUGGUUCUUUUUACUUUGAGAUCUCACUGGCUCUUUUCGGUAUUUUCCAUCUUGUGGUUGGCUGUUAUGAUUACUAUGGUUUUGGUUUUACGCCACUCGAUUGAGAGGCUGACAAAACAGCAGUAGAAACAAAACAAUGUAUGUAAUUACAACGACAGUUUUAAAUUAACUUGAUUAAGUUGAUGAAUAAGUGUAGCUUGCUUCCAUUAAAUGUGAAUAGUUUCUUUCAUUUUAAGUUGGAGAUUUGUGGAAGCGUAAUGUAAGAUUCUAAAACACUCCUCAGAACAUAGAGUACUAGUGUUCAUUCAUUCAGUUUAAAAAGGUCAGUUUUAUGUAACAACUAAACUGACAAAACGUACUUUUAACUUGGAUGAGUGCUCGUUAGAUUUUGAUCGACCACUCUAUCUUGGAGCGCAAUAGAAAGCCUUAAAAGUGAUCCAGAUUAGUGUUUUCGUUAUAGUGCUACAUAACUACUUAAAAUAAAUUACUGUAAAUUAAAGUAUGGAAGAAAAAGAAAUCCCAAAUGUCAUUAUGCAUUUUGAAAUUAUAGGAGACCGUAACUUUUUUGUACUUUUAGAAAGUCUACAGCUCGUUGGUCUGUGCAAUUCAGGAAUUUCCGUCCCAUACAGUCCAUGUACUGAACGUUGAAACUGUGUUAUAAUAAGGCAGGUAUAAGCAAAGAAGAGCUCGAGAAAAAGACAGUUACUUUAAAAUUUGUUAUAAAAUAAUGAAAUAAACUUGCACCUAGUGCACAGCAAUUUCGUCACGAA